GGCUCUGCUUUCCUGCAUGAUUGCUCCGGAACGCCGUGAAUGAGCGACAGGCAGCAUGCAUUUGAAAACUGGAUUAAUAUUGCUGGUCAUUUGCCUUGCUCUCCAAGCUCAGGGAAGCAGAGAAAUCCCUAACAAAAUCAACCGUGGUGAAGCCAAACACCUUGCAGAAGCCUCAGGGUCAGACAAAACAGAGAGAACAGCAAAGAGGUCCAGAGUCUCGACCAUAAGGAGGAUAUUUGACAUGGCAAAGCACCGGACGAAGAGGUCAUCCUUUCUCUCAACUGGUGUCAAAGUCUGCCCACAAGAAUCAGUGAAGCAGAUCCUAGCCAGCCACCAAGCUUACUACAGGUUAAGAGUCUGCCAGGAGGCCGUGUGGGAAGCCUUCCGCAUCUUCCUGGAUCGCAUCCCUGAUACUUCUGAGUACCAGAACUGGGUCACUGCCUGCCAGAGGGAAACCUUCUGCAUCUUCGACAUCGGCAAAAACUUCAGCAACUCCCAGGAGCACCUGGAAAUAAUCCAGCGGCGAGUAAAGCACAGAACCUUCCCGGAAAGGAAAGAUGAAAUAUCCACAGAGAAAACAGGCGGCAAAAAGCUGGAGGACAUUCCUUCCAUUUCCACAGGUUCCCCUGGCACAUCCCUCUCUCCAUAUGCACCAAUACCUACUGGCACCCUGCUCAAUGAGAUACUUAAUGACACGAAGACUCCUGUGAAGGAGCUAGGAACCAAUACAGUCCCAGAGCUGCCUGUGGAGCAAAUGGUGGAAUUCAGUGUCACCCUGACUGAUCAGGAAUUCACCCCUGAGCUUAACGACCCUGACUCCCCACAGUACCGGCAGCUCGCCGCCAAAUUUCAGCGGCAGAUGCAAAAAAUCUUUGAGAAACUUCCAGGAUUUAAAGAAAUCCACGUUUUAGGAUUUAAACAGAAGAAGGAGAAAGAUGGCUCCAGCAGCACUGUGGCACGGUACGUGGUCAACUUUGAGAGGGAUGCCUCAGAAAGCAGAAGCCCAGCAGAUGACAUCUCAACUAUUGGAUCCAACAAGGUGGAGAAUGAAAAAAUCCCACUCUCUCCAAAGGAAGAGAGGGAGAGCUCAGCAACGAAGCUCACAGUAACAGACCUCCAGCAGCUGGUCGCCAUAGCGCUCCAUGAAGACCAGUCCCUGCCAAUGGACCUUGGAACACUCCAGUUUACUGAUGAAUCUAUUAUACCAUCUAGUGAGUUUGAUAAUGACAUCCAAGCUGUGGUCACCAUUCCCCUGGCAGGCCCUGAUUUGGACUCCAUGGGUGUGGAACUCCCACUAGGCUAUCCCAGCCCUGCACCAGUGGACCAAACAGGAGGCAUCUUGGCCAGUGAAUCUACAACUGUGCUGAGUGGAGACAUCAGUGCCCCUGAAGACUUCAAUAAUUUUGUCUCAUCUGAACCUGUGUUCCCUACCAAACCCUCCAGAAGACCAUAUCUGGGCAAAUCUCCUUCCUACACAGAAGACUACCAAAGUUUCACAGUGCCUUUCAGUGUCCUGGGCAGCACUGGCAGUCCUCCAAAAGCAGAGGGCUCCUCUCUGCCUCCUUCAGCAGAUGAUUUUGCCAGCAAUGAGCUGAUCACCGAUGGCUACGAAUCUCCAGUGGGGCAGGCAGGUACCUUCAGCCCACCCAAUCUCCUGACACCUGAAGAUGAGAUCAGUGAAGCUGAGGAAGCUGACCUGAUUGAGCAAGUUCUGGAGCCUCUAUUCCAGGAAGGAUCUGGAGGGGCUGGAAGGUCAGUCAAGCUCAUGGAUGAGGAAGAGGACUCAUCAGGUGACGACACGUUGGCCACAGCCAGCAUUUUGGACGCGCUGCCCUUCGCCGUCAGUUCGAGCGAGCUCUCUACCACGCCGCCCGAAGAUGUUCUCUCGUAUGUGUUGCCCUCAGACCAAACAGCACUGCUGCCUGCAGCAACCAGCCCAUCCUACAGCCACUCUGAGAUCAUUGAACAGUCCAUUGAGUUACCAGACUCCUCAGUGCCCGCCUCUGGGAGCGCUCCUCCCGGGGCAGGAGUGCAGGACAUUGCCGCCGAGUUAGAUCGCGUCGGGUUGGUGAGCACAGCGGCGCUGGAUGAAGCGGAGCAGGGCAGUGGUUUUAUCUCAGUGCUGACCACUGAGCCUGCAGAAGCCACCCCAGCUCCUACACUGAAGUAUGUAACCACCAGCUCCAUGACAACUGCAGCCAGAGGCAAAGAACUUGUGGUUUUCUUCAGCCUGCGGGUGACCAACAUGCACUUUUCUGACGACCUGUUCAACAGGAGCUCGGCGGAAUACAAAGCCCUGGAACAACAGUUCAUGCAGCUGCUGCUUCCAUACCUCCAGUCCAACCUCACAGGUUUCAAGCACCUGGAAAUCCUGAACUUCAGGAACGGCAGCGUGAUUGUGAACAGCAAGAUGAAGUUUGCCCGGACGGUGCCGUACAACAUCACCGAGGCAGUGCACUGUGUCUUGGAGGAUUUCUGUGAUGCUGCAGCCCAGCAGCUCAACCUGGAGAUUGACAGCUAUUCCCUGGACAUUGAGCCAGCUGAUCAGGCAGACCCCUGCAAAUUCAUGGCCUGUGAUGAGUUCUCCGAGUGCAUCACCAACGAGUGGACGAAGGAGGCCGACUGCCUCUGCCAGCCCGGCUAUGCCAGCCAGGAUGGGCUGCCCUGCCGGAGCCUGUGCGAGCUGGAGCCACACCUCUGCAUCAACGGUGGCAAGUGUGAGCUAGUCCCAGGGAGAGGAGCUGUCUGCAGGUGA